CUGCAGAUACGCCGAUAACCUGGAAGUCUGCCGGGAUCAUUCAACAUUCGCUGGAUUGCGGUAGUUGAAAAGGGCCAUUUGCUGAGAUUCAACAAUGGGUCCCCAGAUCAAGAUGUUCUCCGGGCCUCAGAUGGCCCUCUUCCGCCCUACAUGUGAGCUCUUACGCGCUGUGCCCAGAAUUUUUCUCUUUUCUUCCUGCUUCUCGACCCCUUGCACAGCGCUUCCCAUUUCACGAUGCUUCUCUACGACCUCACCCGCCCUCGAUUGGCUUACCCCUAAGUAUCAGGAAGUGUCGAAGUCUCCGAAGGGUCGCCCGCACGUCCCGACCGGCGGCUCCUCACGCGGUACGACUGUUGUCUGGGGUGACUAUGGCUUGCGCAUGAAGGAUCACGAUCGGCGACUGCCCGCCCACUCUCUCAAGAUCGCCGAAGAGACUAUCAAGAGACGUUUGAGGGGUAUGAACUAUACGCUCUACAAGCGAGUCAGCGCGAACAUCGGUGUCUACACCAAGGGUAACGAGCAGCGUAUGGGUAAGGGUAAGGGAAAGUUCGACUACUGGACGGCGAAGGUCGCGGUGAGCAGAAUUGUCUUUGAGCUCAAGGGCGAUCUGCACGAGAAGGUAGCCAGAGAAGCCUUCCGUCUGGCUGGCCACAAGCUGCCCGGACUAUGGGAGUUCGUGAAGAAGGGCGAGCCGCCCGUGGUCGGACUGACAAAGCUCGGUAACGGCGUAACUCUGGAGAGUCUCAAGCGCGCCCGCAGAAGCCCAGCCCUCGGUGCCGAGAAUCUACCUACACCUCCGAAAUCGACAUCAUCCAGCCCGGUGGCCUCUCAAUAAGCAAACGAACCAAGCAACGCCAUUUCAAAUUUCUGGAAAAUAUGUUCAUUACCCUUGUCCUUCUACAUUUACCUCAUGGCACCUAAGCCCCGACACCCGAGCCAGGUCCAUAUCCCUGCUCUCUCCUGAUCCUUGCCGCCAGCGUUGCAGCCUCUUCUGGGGUUUCGGGUUUCGAAUCUUGUUGUACAUUAUCAUCAGCCAUUCCACGUUCUGCUUGUUGCGAUUGAUCUCGCGGGUGUCGAAUGGCUUCUCAUAUGCGGAGUUUAUAU